AUGUCUGCCCUCUAUGAACAAUUCUUUUUGCUCGGUGACAGCAUCACCCAGGACUCGUUUUCCCAGGAGCGGGGGUUUGCAUUUGCUGCAGCUCUCCAAGCCGCAUACAUAAGGCGACUCGACGUGGUCAACCGAGGCUUCAGCGGGUACAACUCUCGUCAAGCUCUCCAGGUCUUACCGGCUAUCGUGCCACCCCCGAGUCACGCCAAGAUUCGCUUCAUGACCGUCUUCUUUGGCGCAAACGAUGCCUCGCUGCCAGAUGCCCCCAACAAGCAGCACAUUCCGCUCGAUGAGUUCAAGGCCAACCUGCGCGCCAUAGUCUCCCACCCUUGCAUACUCGCCCACGCGCCUCGCAUCAUCCUCGUCGCCCCUCCCCCGAUGAACGAGCACUUGUGGUGGGCCAGAGACCAGUCCAGCGGAUAUGGCAGAGUCUCGCGACUGGCCGAGACGACCAAGAUGUAUGCCGAUGCAGUCGUCCAACUAGCCGCUGAGCUGCACCUCCCAGUACUCAAUUUGUGGAAAGCUUUCAUGUCACGCACUGAAUUCAAUGUCGAUGCCUGGAAGCCCGGAGACCAUGUCCCUGGUUCCUUGGCGCUGCCCUCAAGCAACGCAUUGGCCGACCUCAUGUACGAUGGCCUACAUAUGAACCCGGCAGGCUACCGCAUCCUCUACGAUGAGUUGAUCAACGUCAUUUCACACAAUUGGCCCGAUCAAUUGCCAGACAAACUUCCCAUGGUUCUGCCGCCAUGGAACGAUGAAGCUGCUUGGAAAGCAUGGAAGAAUGAUCAUGUAGCCGCAUAA